AUGGUAGGGAUUGGAGAUUUAGGAUCUAGGGUUAGAGGUCCAUUGGUGUUCUGUUAUUCAGCAUACUCGUACUUUCUCCGUACAAAUUGUGGUGGAAAUGCUCAUAAAGAUAUCAGCACAUCCAUACAAUAUGAAGCAGAUAUCAAUCAAGGUGGACCUUCAUCAUUUUAUGAAAGCAAUAGCAACUGGGGGUUUAGCAGCACUGGUUACUACCCUGAUGAUGACAGUUCUCAAGACACCUUUAUUGUGUCUAAUAUAUCUACACUCUCUAUGCGCAAUCCUCAACUGUACAUGACGGCACGCGUUUCACCCAUCUCUCUAACUUAUUUUGGGUUUUGCCUGAUGAAUGGAAACUACACAGUGAGGCUCCAUUUUGCAGAGAUAAUGUUUACAAAUGACAAAACAUAUCGUAGCUUGGGAAGGCGUAUAUUUGAUGUUUACAUUCAGGGGAAACGAGUGGAGAAGGAUUUUAAUAUUGCGGAUGUAGCAGGUGGGAAUGGUAUAUUAGUCAUAAGAAACUAUACUGCUUCUGUAACAACUCGUACCUUGGAGAUUCGUUUCUUUUGGAAUGGGAAAGGAACACAGGCUAUCCCUAGAAGAGGAGUCUAUGGUCCUCUUAUAUCAGCCAUUUCUGUAGACCCAAAUUUUAUACCCCCGAAAGAACCCUCGCAAGGAGGUGGAAGUGGUAUAUCCGCAGGUGAAGUGGUUGGAAUUGUGGCUGGAGGAGUGUUCAUAAUAUUAGUGAUUUUAUGUAUUCUUUGGUGGAAAGGCUUCAUAGGACCACCAAAUACUUUGGAACAAGAUUUGAAGGGUGUGGACCUGCAGACUGGCAAAUUUACCUUGAGGCAAAUCAAAACUGCCACAAACAACUUUGACAUAGCGAACAAGAUUGGAGAAGGUGGUUUUGGUCCUGUUUACAGGGGCCUUCUAUCAGACAACACUGCAAUUGCUGUUAAGAAGCUUUCAGCCAAAUCGAAGCAAGGGAAUCGUGAAUUUGUGAAUGAGAUAGGCAUGAUUUCUGCUUUGCAACACCCUCACCUUGUCAAGCUUUAUGGAUGCUGUAUUGAAGGAAAUAACUUGUUGCUUGUCUAUGAGUACAUGGAAAACAAUAGUCUCGCACGUGCUCUAUUUGGCCCAAAAGAAAAUCAGGUGAAGUUGGACUGGCCAACAAGGCAUAGGAUUUGUGUUGGUAUAGCCAGAGGUUUGGCUUACCUCCAUGAGGAAUCAAGGUGGAAGAUCGUUCAUAGAGACAUCAAAGCUACUAAUGUGCUACUUGAUAAAAAUCUUUUCCCAAAGAUAUCUGACUUUGGAUUGGCCAAGCUUGAUGAAGACGAUAAUACCCACAUAAGCACUCGGAUUGCUGGAACUUUUGGUUAUAUGGCACCUGAAUAUGCAAUGCGGGGUUAUCUAACUGAUAAAGCAGAUGUUUAUAGUUUCGGAAUUCUUGUAUUGGAAAUGGUCAGUGGAAGGUGCAAUACAACUUACCGCUCAAAGGAAGAAUGUUUUUAUCUUCUAGAUUGGGCACUUCUUCUAAAAGAGAGAGCAAGUUUGUUGGACAUGGUGGAUCCAAGGUUGGACUCAGAGUUUAACAAAGCAGAGAUGAUUAAUACGAUCAAUAUUGCUCUCCUUUGUGCUAAUGCUUCUUCAGCAGUUAGGCCCGCUAUGUCUUCAGUGGUGAGCAUGCUUGAAGGUAGAGCUUCCGUUCAGGAGGUGGUCUUUGAUCCAAACGCCUCAAUUAAUGAAAUCAAUGCGAUGAGGAGACAUUUUCAAUCCAAUAUUGAAGAAAACAAUGGUGACCCUGAGAGUCAGAGACGAACUAUGUCAAUUGAAGGGUCGUGGACCGCUUCAACUACAUCUGCUCAAGACCUCUAUCCAGUCCGCCCUGAUUCAUAUUAUUGGGAAAAUAGAAAUUAGAGAAUUUGAGCAAAGUGUCCUUUUAUCG